ACUUUGCAAGGGAAUACAAGAUGAGCGCAUGCGCAUGGCAAGUGCACAUAGCCUGCAAGUAAGCUGUUUUUGGAAAAUAUUGUUGCAAAGAUGUGCAACUAACCACGCAUGGACAAAGAGGAAAACUCCAUCCGUGAUGUCACGAUCCCGUAACUGGUGAAAUUUAACACCAGCAGCUGGUUGGAGUUUGGAUGGGGUGAACAGGGGUCCACUUGCAUCAGCGGCAAGUCAAGGCACAUAGCUGGAACCAGCGCCUGGAGGUGAAGACGCUCACCACUGAAUCUGCUGUUUGCACUGGAGACCAAAGCGAAGCCCGAGAGGGAGCAGUAACUCCGCCACAGAUCCAUCAGUCGCUCCGCUUCUGCUUUUAUGCACAGCUGCUGUGCGUCUUUGGAUCGAAGUGGACUGAUCACUGCGCGCCGCAGAGCGCACAGGGUCAUUCUAACAAGGGGGAGCGUUCCGUCCUCUGGACUGCAGUGCGAUGAGGAAAGACUGAGCUGGCAGCGCGUCUGCGUCCUCUUUACGCGUUGGCGCUUACUAAAGGGUUAGCCCAGGUGUCCCCUUGAAUGUGAUUCUGUUUUCACCCAGAUCUCUGCUGCCUGGACAAAUGCAUACAAAUGCAUUUAGGAGCUCAACGGACAAGGAGUGGACACGUUUCCGCGGCAGCAACGUGGAACUUCAUCCUGCUCCUGUCAGUAUGCUUUGCAGCACUCUCUGGAGAAGAAGACGAUGUAACUCAAGGAGUGGAUGUCCUUCAUCACUUGGGACUUACGUCUCAAAGCAGCACACACAGUCUCUACGAAAGGACAACUGCUUCUUCUUCCACUCACACCACAGUUCCUCCACUUUUGAACACUCCAGAUGCUGGAUAUGGAGUGUUACUCGACUCAAACUCCCUUUAUGAAGUUCCAGUGAGCAGUUUGUUCCCAUCAGGGUUUGGCAAGGAGUUUUCCGUUGUGAUUAGUAUAAGCUCCUGGCGAGCAAACAACGCUUUUCUUUUUAGUAUUAGGGAUGGCAGGGACAGACUGCAUUUUGGCAUUCAGCUGUUGCCAAGCAGAUUAGUGGUUUACACUUCAGAAAAAGCCUCUGUCCAUUUUACCUACAACUGGCAGGAUGGGAGCCAGCAUCAUUUCGCCAUUGGCGUUUGGGCACGCUCAGUGUCUUUCUCUGUGGAUUGUGGAGCGGUGCAGGAACGAGAGCAGACCUUGGGGAGAUCUCAGUCUCUCAGGGAAUCUGGGGGACUCUUCACAUUGGGGAGAAUGAACUCGAAGGCAGCUCCAUUUACCGGGCAAAUUUGCCAACUACAUAUUUAUCCCUCAGCCCAAGCUGCUGCACACUACUGCAACUACCUUAAAAAACAGUGCCGGCUGGCCGACACUUAUCGAUUGCCAUUGUCACUUUCUGAUUUGGAUAUUGAGGCAGGUGACACCCCUUCUGAACCUUCAACAAAGCUCUCUACUGGUGCAACAGGUCCCCAUCAUACUCCUAUUAAAGUUACAACCUCUGGUAAACUGUCCCCAAGUACUUUGGUUACACAAUAUACAACUCUAGGACCAUUGACGCAUCCACAACUGACGGAGAGUAGCCACUUUUCCACAUUUGAGCCAUUAGUCCACAGCCCUAUGUUCCAACCUAAACCAGAUGGGUCCACCGUUGCCACUCCCAACAGACGAGAAGCUGCAAAGGUUGAUGGUAGUUCAAUGAUCAUCACUGCCAAUGAUGUGCUGACAAAAGAAAGCAAACUCCAAGAAUCCACAAAUCACUCAGAGCCAGAGCAGGAGAAUUUGAGUAUUUCUACACGUCUCAUUCCGCCGUUGAGGAUAAAUAAACCCAAGGAAGGACUUAAAAACUCAUCCAUCACCAUCUCUAUGGAUUCAAGCCGUGGGCCCCAGCAGAGUCGCCAUUUCCCAAAGACUAGCAUAAGAGCCAACCGCACCACUUUGUACAGAGAGAACCAAGCAGACACCUCAAAAGAGCAUGAUUUGGAUGGUAGCUAUGGAGACUUUGACAUGGGAGGAUACGAUUAUGGAUAUGAAGAGCCAGAAUUCUUUUAUGACUAUGAAGAGAGCUUGCGUGGACCCAAAGGAGAGCCAGGUCCUAUGGGUCCGCCUGGCCCUCCUGGUUUACCUGGUCCUCCUGGGAAGAGAGGUUUAAGGGGUCCCCCUGGUCCACCUGGAAACCCAGGACCACCUGGACCCACCGGGCUCAAGGGUUCAAAGGGAGACCCCGGUUUAUCUCCAGGACAGGCUCCACCAGGAGGGAAGGGAGAUAGAGGCCCACCAGGUCUUCCUGGACCUGAUGGAUUUCCAGGACUUGUGGGACCUAAAGGUUAUCAAGGCUUACCUGGACUUCCAGGGGAACAAGGCACACCGGGACCUCCUGGGGAAGCUGGGGCUGCAGGUUACCCUGGCAGGCAGGGUUCAGCAGGGCCACAAGGUAGACCCGGGCCUAAAGGCGUCCGUGGUUUCAUAGGGCUUCCUGGCGUUGCUGGACCACUUGGGCUGGAGGGGGAAAAAGGCAUACCUGGACCUGUUGGAAAGCCUGGCCCUAAAGGAAGACACGGUGUGGUGGGUGACGUAGGGGAGAGGGGUCCUCCUGGUCCAGAUGGCAAAGAGGGGCCAGUUGGUGGGACUGGUAUCAGUGGGUUUCCUGGUCUAAGGGGGGACCUGGGGCCUGAGGGACUACGGGGACUGGCUGGCAUGCCGGGACCUCAGGGCCCAGCGGGACAAGUCGGCCUGCCUGGAUUGAAAGGUGAUAAGGGUGAAGUGGGACACAGGGGGGAGCCUGGAGAGAUGGGGUACCAAGGUGAUAAGGGAGCUCUUGGUGCACCUGGACCUCCUGGGCCCAAAGGGAUGCCAGGACCAUCGGGUAAAAUUGGAGAGACGGGGGCUCAAGGACCACCUGGGCUUCCAGGACCAGAAGGAUUCCCUGGAGACAUUGGAGUGCCUGGGCCUAACGGCCCCCCAGGACUUAAGGGUCUUCAGGGUGUGAGAGGGCCCCAAGGCCCACCAGGGCCAAAAGGUAUACAGGGCGAUGAAGGACCACUCGGCCCCCGCGGCAGCUCUGGCCCCAAUGGAAGGCCUGGAAGAAAAGGAUACAUUGGAGAACCUGGCCCUGAAGGUUUAAAGGGGGAGAUAGGGGACGUUGGAAAAGCUGGAAAAAUCGGGCCACUGGGUCCUGCAGGUUUGAUCGGGAUAGCUGGAGUGAUGGGAGUUCCCGGUGAAAAGGGUGAUCGGGGACCAGCGGGUCCAACAGGUCCAGUCGGAGAACAGGGGCCAAGGGGUUAUCCCGGUUUGCCAGGAGGUCCAGGAGACAUCGGAGUGCAAGGUGCACCUGGUCCACCGGGACUGAGGGGCUCUGCAGGCAUUGCUGGACCAAAGGGUAGAGUGGGGCCUCGAGGUCCAGAUGGUGCACCAGGAGAACCAGGCCCUGAGGGCACCAGGGGUGAAAAGGGUGAAUCUGGACCUAAAGGAGAGCCAGGAGUCAUAGGCAAAGCUGGCAGUCCAGGACAGAGAGGUGCUCCCGGAAAACCUGGAAAACCUGGAAUUCCAGGAAGCACUGGAGAGAAGGGCCCUCAAGGUGAACUAGGGCCAAAAGGACCUUCCGGAGAUGCUGGACCUGAUGGAGAGCAAGGACCUGAAGGUGUUCCAGGUGUGGAGGGGGAGAUGGGUCCCGUUGGAGAACCAGGGUUAAAGGGGGAUGUUGGCCCACCGGGAAAUGAGGGAGAACAGGGACAGGAGGGACUCAGAGGUCCUCCCGGGCCCCCAGGUGAGGAUGGCCCUCAAGGGAAAGACGGAGCCAAGGGUGAACCUGGUGAACAGGGUCCACCUGGAGAGCCAGGAGAUAGAGGGACAGAAGGAGACCCAGGGUCUCAAGGGCCAUCCGGAACACCUGGCAAACAGGGCUUUCGAGGACUAGAAGGAAAACUGGGUCCCCCAGGGAACAAAGGGCGAAACGGAAAGAAGGGGGAGAGGGGUCCUCUGGGACGUGCUGGUGAGAUCGGUUCUCGAGGAGACAUCGGUCAAUCAGGCGAGACAGGGCUAAAAGGUGCCAGAGGAACCCGAGGCUCACCUGGUCAGCCUGGAGCCAUGGGGAUAGAAGGGCAAUCAGGACUGCCUGGAUAUCCAGGACAUCCUGGCAAACCUGGGCCAUUAGGACCACCGGGGCCAAAGGGUGAAAAGGGUUACCCAGGGGAGGACAACAAGACACCAGGACCACCAGGGCCCUUAGGUGAACCAGGGCCUCCAGGAGAACAAGGAGAGCGUGGAGAGCCAGGUGAAGAAGGAUAUCAGGGUCAUAUAGGUGCUGCUGGAACUCGGGGGGCACUGGGUCCACAGGGGAUACCUGGAUCACCGGGUCCCCCUGGAAAACAAGGCCCCAAAGGAGAAAACGGAGUUGCAGGUUCGGCUGGAAAAAAAGGAGCACGAGGUCUAAAUGGAUCCCCUGGUGCUGAAGGCCCAACUGGAUCUCUGGGACCGAGAGGAUUGAUGGGUUAUCCAGGACCAGACGGCUCCCCUGGACUGACCGGAUUACCAGGUUUACCAGGAAAACAAGGGCGGCAGGGUCAGAGAGGUUUGGUGGGUCCUGAAGGACCUGCUGGACGACCAGGUCCAAGAGGAGAAACUGGAUUUCCUGGACCAUCUGGGGAAAAUGGAUCACCUGGUCAAAAGGGAGAACCUGGUCUGCCAGGAGACAGGGGAGCCCCUGGUAUGAAAGGUAUGGAGGGGGCUGUUGGUGAUCAGGGCAAGACAGGUGACCCAGGACUCAAAGGCCAACCAGGAGAACCUGGUGAUUCUGGAAUGCUUGGUUUACAAGGCUUUCCAGGCCCAAAGGGGCCAAAUGGUGAUUUAGGGCCAAGAGGUUAUCCCGGCCCUAAAGGACCUGUUGGUGCUCUGGGAAUAGCGGGACCUGUUGGCCCGGAUGGAAUGAUUGGCCCAAUAGGAAAACCGGGGCCACAGGGUCCGAAAGGAAACAGUGGGGAAAUGGGCCCUCAAGGACAACAAGGAAGUCCAGGACCCAGAGGACCCCCUGGUGCUCCAGGUCCAUCUAGGCUCAAGCUUUAUGAUGACUCAUCAGUCUACAGUUUAUCCGACUCCAAUGCUGCACUAGAGACCGAGAGUUUUCAGAACACAGAGAUGAGUCUACCAGACCAGAAUACAGAGAUACUUAAGACCCUUCGAUACCUAAACAAGGUGAUUGAGGGCAUCAAAAAGCCUCUGGGCACGAGGGACAACCCGGCUCGUGUCUGCAAAGACCUUCUGGACUGUCAACACAGACUGAAAGAUGAUUGGUUCUGGAUUGAUCCAAACCUGGGCUGCACUUCAGAUGCUUUCAAAGUCUUUUGCAACUUUACUGCAGGAGGACAAACUUGUUUACACCCAGUGGCUUCCAAUAAGAUGGUUUUCAAUGCCGGGAAAGUCCAAAUGAAGUUUCUGCAUUUACUGAGCAACGAAGCAAGCCAAAGCAUCACGCUUCAUUGCCUGUACAAUGCAGCUCUCAGCUCCAUCGGAACCACACACAGAGAGAUGAGCAGGAUUCGCUUUCAUGGCUGGAAUAAACAGACAUUCGAGAAAGGCACACCGCUUGAGCCACAUGUGGUGCAAGAUGAGUGCAAGAUUCAAGAUGGAAGUUGGCAUCAGUCUCGCUUGGUCUUCCACACUCAGGACAGUCAACAGCUACCUAUUGUAGACAUAGAAGAAGUUCCCGCUUCUCAGCUUGACAGGCAGCAGCACAUGGAAAUUGGCCCUGUCUGCUUCCUCUGACACAGACAUCAUACUGUGAUGUGUUCACACAAACCAGUCAGAUCCACAGAUGUCAAAACAAAGCUUCCACAGCAGGGCACAUUGAAGACUUGUUUGCCUUGGCUGGACAGCAUUGACUGGGUAUUGUGUCCAACUAAAGAACUAAACACAAUAACCCAUGGAACAUCCAGAAUAAGAGGGAAAAGAAGAUCAAUUCAUGCAGAUAUUUAUCAAAAUGUAUAAAGUAAAGCUUGUUUCACUUUUCUUUUUGCCUUGGUGCUUAGGUUGUUUGCAUAUGGACCCAUAUCACUCCCGAUCACAGGGUAGGGCCUCACGGUGCAGCAACCUAUCCAUACCACACCUCCUUUAGCUUUCAUUUUGAACACAGAUGAGCCUGAAAAGGAGCCCAACCCAAAGAAUCAGCUCUACACGGGGCGCUAUCUAACAAAAAGCUUACACAAGUUCUAUGGCAUGUGGAUAACAUGAGACUGCUCUUAUAUUUCUCACAUCAGAGGCUUUAAUUUGCGUUGACGUUUUUGUCUUUGGUCCUCUCCACUUGGACCUGUACAUCUUGACAGAUGGUGCUCUACCUCUAUGUGGUUAUUUGCUUUUUAGAACAGUUGCAAAUGCUAGUUUGACUUUGUGUUGUAUGUACCGGUUACAUCAAGGUUUAUGUUGUAUAAGUACUUAUGUUGGUUUGGUCAUUUCUAAUUUAUGAACCAAUUUUUGAUACACUACAUAUGUUUGUAGCUUUUCCCUCUUUGUGGUAGGCUCCCAAACCUAUCAUUGGUGCUGCAACAAAGACAUUGAUAUUUCCUGUGUAUAUAUUGACAGUAUAUUUUAUGUUUAUUUAUAAUCUUUUUUUUCUUCACUUUACUGAACCACAGUAAGUUAUAUUCUCAGAGAACCAUUUGAUCAACCAAAAUCUAGUUUAAUGAAUAUUUAUGUUCAAAGAAUGUGUUUGUGAGUUCACAUCUGUUUCUGUUGCUCUCAGCUCAGUCAGAGGGAGUUUACUCACUGGCAGCUACAGCAGGCCAGAUCUGGAAAGCAUAGUCAGCACUCUUCAGUUUGUGGAGAACACCAUCGGACGCAAAUGUGUGAAUAAAAAUAAAUAAAUGAAACAUUUUAUCCACAAA